AUGGCAGCACCAGCAUCUCGCGCGCUCAGGCGCUGUAUCUGCACCGCAAAGCAGUCCGCAUACGUACGACCGACGAUUGGCGCCACACAGCAGAGGAUACAGCGGAGAUGGCAAUCAGAUGCGGCAGCUCCGACCAACCCAAAGAUUGCGACAAUCGUGGACCAGAUUAGCCAAUUGACUCUGUUGGAGACUGCGGACUUGGUAUCAACACUAAAGACCCGCCUGAAUAUCCCCGACAUGCCCAUGGGCGGAUUCGUCGCCGGUCCCGGAGGAGGCGCAGGCCCCGCAACCGCAGCUCCCGUCGAAGAGGAAGAAGCCGCACCCGCUGCCCAAGAAAAGACCCUCUUCAACCUCAAGCUCGAGAAGUUCGACGCUGGCGCGAAACCCAAGGUCAUCAAGGAGAUCAAGGCCAUGCUGGGAUUGAGCUUGGUGGACAGCAAGAAGUUCGUUGAAGGAGCACCUAAGAUGAUGAAGGAGGGUGUGCCAAAGGAGGAGGCAGAGAAGAUUGUUGAGACCCUCAAGGCGCUGGGUGCUACGGUUGUUAUGGAGUAG